AUAACGACACGGAGCAUCCCAGCCGGUCGCUCGGUGUAAAGGGCAGAGUACAGGAUGCAACCUUAUAAAACGCAUCGCGCUACCACCAACCGGGCUUAUUAACAACGCGAAACACGCCGGUCCCGCUCCACCAGGUCUACCCCUCGAAGAUGCCGUCCACCAAAACCGACGCCGUCGCGGCGCCGCGCAAGUGGCCCAGCAACGAGUCCAUCCAGGGCAGCGCCUACAGCAGCAGCACCUCCGGCAUCGACAGCCCUUGGUCCUUGCAGUCCCUGUCACCGGGCUCCACGUCCCCCGACAACACCCUGCGGAAGAGGAGGAUCCUGAGGACGUCAUCCGUCGGGAGCGUCAUCCAGGAACCCUUCGUCAUCAACUCCGAGUGCAGGGCAUCCAGAAGUCAGAGUCCCAUCCUUCAAGGACAACAAGUGGAGGAACCUCCCUCCGCUUUGGCUGAACUGAUCGGUUGGUAUCCCUGCUUUUUGUUCCGCCUGGUGAAGACGUUGCUGAUGGUCUGCAUGCCCAAGACUUGGACCCAUAUGCUUCUCGCCAUACCCAAGUUGUACUUCAACUUCUGGUUGUGGGUGCUGAAGCAGAUCGUGUUGUUCCCGGUCACCGUCAUCAAGUUUGUGUUGAAUUUAAUCUGGGUGGACUCCUUCGAACGCAACAGGAAGAAGAGGACCGUUUUGAUAAGUGGAGGUAGCACAAUACAAGCCCUCCAUCUCGCAAGGAACUUCUACAGUGCCGGUGCUAGAGUUGUAGUGUGUGAAGUUGAGGGACUCUUCGCGUUGGCCAGGUUUUCAACGGCCGUUUCAAGGUUUUAUACAGUUCCAAAACCGACCUCUGACCAACAGCAGAACUACGUGAGAGCCUUGUGUGAAAUAGUGGACAAGGAAGACGCAGUCUACUAUAUACCUGUAAGUUCCUCCACAUCUGCUUAUUAUGACGCUGUGGCCAAGCCACAUCUAGAGCUCAUGGGUUGCUCCUGCUUCUGCCCUGGCAUCAAAGAAGUCUGGGCUUUAGACGACACUUUGGAAGUGAUGAAGCGAUGCCAAAAGUACGACAUACCAACACCAGUCUUCCACUCCAUAACCUCGAAAGAAGACGUGUACAAACUCUACGAUACUGGUGCCGUUAGAAACGGAAACUUCAUCAUGACGACAGCAGGCCCCAUAGGACUCAGGGAACGCUGCAAGAUGGUCUUACCGCCUCUCAGAAGCGACCUCAAGUUAAACUUCGACAUCAGCGAGCAGCGGCCUUGGGUGGCCGUUCAAGACGUUAAAGGCGAUCACUUCUUGACCUGUACGACCGUGAAACAGUCCCAAAUGGUAGCCAACGUAACCUGCAAGCUGGACAGGAGUACCAACGGCUUGGUCCCCACGGAGAACCCACAGAUCAACCAGUGGCUCACCAACUUCUUCUCCAAGCUGCACCUUUUGAGGCCCAUAACGGGUCAUAUAAGCUUCAGGUUUGCUGUAAACAAAGAGACCGGCGUUUUGGUACCGCUGAGCAGCAGAGUUGGGGUGUCUUUACCCUAUAUCUGCUACACGUCCAUCCACCCCAGGCUGGUGUGGAAGACGUGCAAGCACUUCAGUAGGCAGAACUCCGGGGUUUUGGCCAAUGACAAGACAGGCAAGAUCUAUGUGAACGAAAACAACAAACCAGCGGUCGACAAUGUCACCAGGUUGAUCGGUACCGUCUUGGACAAGAGAGAGGUUCUGUUUCUUAUGUGGGACCCUCUGCCUUACUGCGCCUACUACCACAUGCAGAUACCCUUCAAAAACGUCCUUUCGUUCAUCCAGAGGAAGCAGGAUAGUUUUCCCCGUCCACUGACCAAUCCCGUACGUUGACCGUUGGUCACGUGGGGGAGAGAGAUAUAGCCUGAUGCCUUUGGUGCCAAAGAGAUGUUGAUAUUAAUUUAUUGAACUUUUUUUGACUGAACUUUUUUUCUUGUUUGUUUGUCGUAAGACUUGUGUCGUCAGAUUCGACUGUGGAUAUUUUUGUGUAUGUAUAAAUUGUUUUUUGAUCACGAAAGGGCCAGUUUUUUAGGUCGGUUAGGUUGGUUUCUGGAUAACUGUUUUAAGUUGUUUUUGCGAAACUUUUUUUGUAUAUAUAUUUGCUUUUGUGACAAACAAAGGUUUUUGUAUAACUAUAUGUAUUCUUUCGUAUUUGAAAUAAAAUGUUCUCUUUA